AUGCCAGAAGAGAAGGAAAUGAUUAAAAAAAAGCUUUCUGGUUCAGAAAAUCGGAAAAGAAAAGCUGAAAAAGAAAAAGUUCUUGAAGAAACUAAAAAGCACAUGAAUAUUUAUAAGUACCUUAAAGGAAAUUCUAAGGCAAAUACUUCAGAUAUUGAAUCAAAAGUCCAUGUAUCAGCAAAUAUUUCUUCAGACUGUGAACAAUUAUACACAAAAAAUAUACAAUCACCUAUUGAAGGUGAUCAAAUUGACCAGCGCAGUACAUCUUUGCAUGAAUCCUCUGAUAUUUCUCCAAGUCAAAAUCAACACAUGACAUCUGUGGUCGAUGAAAGUAUCAACGUUCUUGCAAUAAAAGAAUACAAUGUUUCGGAUGUAGGUACGUGGCCAAAAGUACGUAAUGCUAGAGAUAUAGAUCGCAUUAUAAUAUGUGGACCCUCACAAGUAUGUCUAAAUAACUUUCCAAAAGAUGAAAAUGGGCGUCAUUUCUCUUCAACUCAUUAG